CGCAACAGGCACUAAUAUGUCUGCAGUACAGAGGUGUUUCAUCGCGGUCUAUUUAAUGUCAUUUUGCUUUCUAUCAGUAGAAAGUAAGUCACUAAGCAACGAGGAUGACCUUGCUCAUCAGCUCGCGGAGUUAAAGGAAUCAGUUACCAAUCUUGAAGGAAAGUAUGAAAAAGCAAUGUCCAUUAUGACGGAGCAGGGAAAGGAAAUGAUUUUAUUAAAGGACGAAGUAAACUUGUAUAAAGGCUUAUACAGGGAUAGGCGUCAGGAUGUUGACAGUGCAGAGGUUGCGUUUUAUGCCUACAUAAAUAGCAACGCGGUCAAUAUAGGCAACCAACAGGUGGUCGUCUUUGAUCACGUGAUCACCAAUAUCGACACGACACACUCCGUCGGCGCCGGAUACAAUCCCGUUACCGGUACAUUCACGGCACCUGUUGACGGCCUGUACGUGUUUUCCAUGACAUUGUUAAGCGGGUACAACGACAUAAGAACGCAUUUCGCUUUCCACCAGGACAACACCCCCCUGACCUCAAUCUUCAUUCACGGAAGCACCGGCGACUCGCACACCUGGGACAUUGGAUCCGCGGACGCUGUCGUCUCGAUGAAAGCGGGCCAGACCAUGUCCAUUCGACAUACUCAUCCGGAGGCACACGCGCUUGAAGGUGCGUUCCAGGGGGCCGGACAGUCGAUGUUUUCCGGGUUUCUUCUCAGAGAGCACCUCGGCAGAGAAAGUAUUGUCGGUUAAAAUGGACAAAUAAAAGUUGAUUUAAAAUGUA